UUCCUUCAUUUUGUAGCAUGCAAGCGAACAUGAAGAACCUUCACAUCCUUUCACUCUUUUUGGCUACCUUCUUUCUCCUGUCAUGCUCCUUGACUAUUGUGCUGUCACUUAGCCCAUCUCAGACUCUCCAGAGCCAAUGCCUUGAUGACCAGAGAUCUGCUCUGUUGCAACUGCAACGAGGUCUUUACUACUCAUUUAAUUUUACUUUUUCUUCCAAAGCUAAGCUUUGGGAUGUCAACACUAAUUGUUGCUCUUGGAAAGGAGUUACAUGUGAUGCUCAUGGUCAUGUGAUUGGGCUUGAUCUCAACUACAAAAACCUUUCUGGCAGCUUUCACUCCAUUUUUGAUCUCCAAUAUCUCCAAUCGCUUAAUCUUGCUGGAAACAACUUUAAUAUUACUCUGGUUCCAUCUCGAUUUGAUAGACUUGCAAAUUUGACUCAUCUCAACCUUUCAAAGUCCUGUUUCAAUGGCCAAAUUCCAAUGGGGAUCUCAUACUUAACAAGGUUAGUCUCUCUUGAUCUAUCUUAUCAAGAUUCUUGCUAUUGGAGGAAUGAUCAAAGCAUUGGAUCGUACGGUGAUUAUUUUCCUUCUCUAAAACUAGAGAAACCAAAUUUCAAGACUUUAAUCAAGCAUAUGAAGUCUCUCACAGAACUCUAUUUGGAUGGGGUGAACAUUUCAACUCAAAGUACUAACUGGUGUGAAACCAUGUCGUUAGCACUUCCUAAGCUACGUGUGUUAAGCAUGUCCGAUUGUGGUUUGACAGGUUCAUUUUGUUCGUCUCUCUCAAGACUUCAUUUUCUUUCGAAACUUAACCUCAACAGUAACCCAAUCUCUUAUUUGCCUCACAAUUUCUUGAAAAUUUCCUCUCGACUGGUUUCUCUCAGUCUAUUUAAUUGCAAUUUGAGUGGGCAUUUUCCAGUCGAAGUUUUCUUAUUGCCCAAAAUGCAAAGCAUUAAUAUUUCAAGAAAUGGAAAUGUUAACGGUCAGUUGCCAGAAUUUCCAUUAAAUUGUACCUUACAAGUCUUAUCACUCCGUGGAACAAGCUUUAGUGGAAAACUACCCGAAUCCCUUGGUAAUCUUAAGUUCUUGACAAUUUUAGAUCUCUGUGGCUGCAAUUUCUUUGGACAGGUUCCAUCAGCAAUUGCAAAUCUCACAAACCUUGUGAAAUUGAAGCUAUGUUCUAAUAACUUCAGUGGUUUAAUCCCUCCAUUCCAUAGAUCUGGAGUUCCAAAUCUUGAGUAUCUAGAUUUGCAAUGGAACCACUUUUCUGGGCCUGUACAUUCUUCCAUAUUUACCCUCCUAUCAUUGAAUACCUUGUAUCUUGGAUCUAAUCAAUUGGUUGGGAAAAUUGAUGAGUUCCCCAAUGCAUCUUGCUCGUUGCUGCAAAAUUUGGAUUUAAGCCAUAAUUACUUAAGUGGAUCAAUCUCAAAGUUAAUCAUUCAAUUCCCAAGGCUUGAAGGACUUGGUAUUAGUUACAAUAACGUUGGUUCUUUGAAGCUUGACAUGUUCUCUCAACUCAAGAACUUAAGGUAUCUUUACCUUUUCAAUAUGAGCUUGUCAAUUGGAAGCGACAACAAAAGCGUCACUUUUCCCCAAUUAGAGGAGCUAAGCCUAAGGUUCUGCAACCUUACUGAAUUUCCGGAAUUCAUCAAAACACAAGACAAGUUGGUUUAUCUAGAUCUUUCUAACAACCAAAUCCGUGGUUUUGUGCCCAAUUGGUUGUGGAAGAGCACUCUUCAAGGGUUAGACCUUUCUUUCAAUGCGAUUGAUUUUCCGAAACAGUUUCCACGUGGUGAUGCAAACUCCUCUAUUCCAAUGCUGCGGUGGUUGGCUUUACGAUCGUGUAAUAUAAGUACAUUUCCAGAGAUUUUAAAAAGUCAAGAUAAUUUAGAAGAUCUUGACCUUUCAAAUAACAAAAUAAGUGGUGCAGUACCACACUGGGUGUGGAAAAAAAGUUUGUGGCAACUGGAUCUUUCCAACAACCACCUUUCAUCUUUGGACCAAUUAUCCAACCAGUCUGUAACUUCUUCACAAGGCUCUUCCCCAAGACCUAUUUGCAAUUUGAGUCAACUUGACUAUUUUAAUGCCUCUUAUAACAAUUUGAGCGGCUCAAUUCCAAAUUGCUUGGGCAAUAUCAACGCUCUUUCUUUGCUGGACUUACAAGGAAAUAACUUCACCGGAUUCUUACCAACUUUUGUAAAAGCAGCCAAUUUACAGAUCCUCAAAGUUAAUGAGAAUAGAUUAGAAGGGAAGUUGCCAAGAUCUUUAGCCAAAUGCACUUAUCUCCAAGUUUUGGACGUGGGAAACAACAUGAUGCAUGACACAUUCCCUUUUUGGUUGGAGAAACUGCCUGCUUUGGAGGUUCUCGUAUUGCGAGAAAAUAAAUUCUAUGGUCAAAUUAAACGUUUCAAACGUAAACUGUUUUUCCCAGCUUUGGAUGUAUUGGACAUUGCUUCUAAUGAAUUCUCUGGUGAGCUAUCCAUUGAUUCCCUUCAAGCUACUCAGUUAAGGUCGCUGAAAAUCGGUGGGAAUAAAUUGGAAGGGAAGUUGCCGAGGUCAUUAGCCAAUUGCACAAAGCUUGAAGUAUUGGACCUUGGAAAAAAUAUGAUACAUGACACGUUUCCUUUUUGGUUGGGAAAAUUACCUUCUUUGAAGGUUCUCGUACUUCUAGGGAAUAAAUUUUAUGGCACGAUUCAAGUUUCUGAGGCUGAAAAUGCUUUUCCAAUGCUACGGAUAUUGGACCUUGCUUCCAACAACUUUUCAGGUGAGUUAUCCGUCGAAUUUUUGCAAUGUUUGAGAGCAAUGAUGGCAAGGACUGAUGGCAACAAAGCAAAGCUAGAUUAUAUUGGAGAGGAGAACUAUCAAGACUCCGUGACAAUUGUCAUCAAAGGACUGGAAAUGGUUUUAGAGAAGAUCUUAACCAUUUUUACUUGUCUUGACCUUUCCAAUAAUAGUUUCCAUGGUAGAAUACCGGAUGAAAUACAAAGUCUCACAUCACUCAUAGUGCUAAACUUAUCUCAAAAUAGCUUCUCUGGCCAAAUUCCAUUAGCACUUGAGAACCUAAAAGAGCUUGAGUCUUUGGACCUUUCACAUAACAAACUCUCAGGGAAAAUUCCUCCACAACUUACGAGUCUAACUUUCUUGUCAGCAUUAGACUUGUCUUACAACAACCUCGAAGGGAGCAUACCACAAAGUAACCAAUUCAAUACAUUUUCCAAUGAUUCUUACCGAGGGAACCCAAGAUUAUGUGGGUCGCCUUUGACAAGGAAAUGCAAUGAAGUUGGUGUUCGACUGCCACCUCCAGGGGAAGAUGCAGAUUCAUUGGUAGAUGGUAUAUCUGAUUGGAAAAUUGUGUUGAUUGGUUAUGGAUGUGGAUUGGUGAUUGGGUUAUGUGUUGGAUAUACAGUGUUGAAUGAGAUGGGAAACAAAUGGCUUGAAGAUCGCAAAUGGAAUGGGAAAAGGAAUCAUAGAAGAUGUAGGUGACUUCAUCAAAAUUCAUGUUUCCAAGGCCGCAGGAAUCUGAAACAAGUCUUGGCAUGUAGAACAGUGAUUGGGCCUACCUCCUUAAUUGCAUAAGAAUAAACAUCUACUAACAACAGAAUAAUCCCUUGCUGCUGUAUUAGAAGCAAACAAAUUGUAUCUAGGACAAUGAUUUGGGAUGAUACUUGGUCUUGUAGUUCGUUACAUAUUGCACAGAAAAGAAAGCAUACAUAGCUCAAUACCUUGCAGAAAAUGAUAUGAUUUCUAAGUAAAGGCUUCCACUGAUCUGUUACUUUAUGAAAUUGCUACUUUAGCUACAUUUUCCUCUGUCCAGUCACAUGAAAAGGACGUUCUUUCCCUCAGCUUCAACUCAUUGCACGUGAAUGGUGGGAAUGAUUUUUUGAAACUGAAAACCAGCCAAAGCAGGACAUAGACAAUUUGCAUUGGGUAUCUCAAGUGGUCACUCACCAUAGAGCAUCAACAAAUGAUUAAUUUGAGCAAUGAAAUGCAAGAGAUGCCAAAGGACCUUGGUUGUUUGUGAUUCAGCGAAAUUAUUUAUGUAAAAUUUUCCCUUCUCCUCAGACAUUUAAUCCUAUUUUAGUUGCAAGGACCAAAUUUCAUGGCAUCUUCGCAAUCAAUCAGUUUCUUUGAAUGAAUUACAUUUGAGGUAAGCCUUAGUUUACAAUUUAUGAUACCUGAAUGGGAACCUUGUCUACUGGAUAUUGGAACACCAACUUUCAGACAACAGGAAAAUAAUAUCAUUUUUGGAACUAAUGUACUGUGUUCUUGUAAGGAAUGGAUAUGGUUGUUAACUGAGGAAAUUUUGAAGUUGCAAAGAGUAUAGAAAAUCAAUUUAUGCAAGUUAUUAUGGACCUUUUGAAGAAAUGCCAGAUCAUUUUUAGGUAGUCAUUCUCAAGUAGUCUACUUGAUGAUAUAAUGAACCAGAAAGGUUGUUAAGCCUUUUGCAAUAUACAAUUUAACUAAUUUUGAGUUUUGACUUAACAUUUAUGUUUGGAAGUUUUGUGCAAGUUAAAAUGAUUUUUGAUGAAUUGGGGUUGAUGAAAGCAUCAUUGGACGGAGUGAUUAUAAAUGAAUAAAGACAUUGCUGCGAGAGGCUUCUCUUAAAACAAUGUUGUUUAUAUAGGCUUAGUUCUUGCUUCUAUGAAUCAGUGCCUAAUUAAAAAAAUGUAAGUGUCUAGGAAAAGUAGUUUAUUCUCAUCAAAAUGGUAAUUGUAAAAUUUUUGAGGGAAGAAAACAAAAAGACAGUUUUAUUGUAGGCCAUUCUAAACAUGUAACAUAUGUAUAAACUACUUUUACGGGCCAAAGAUUUCACUUACUUUUUUUUUCUUACAUGCAGAUAGUGUUCUUUCCAUUGAGAAAACUGUUCAUUCCCUUGUUUCUACCAAGGAAUGCUUUCUAUGCUUUGGAUGUUCUUGCCAAAUUCGGAUGCUCCUUAAAUGCCAUCACAGCCUUCCUUAGCUGUGCCCAACCAACUAAAACUCUCUGGGGUUGUCGUAAGUCAUGAAUACUCUACAAGUAGGUGUCAUGGACUUUGAGUUGAUGAACCUGAAUCUUGGCCAUUGUAGAGGUUGUGAGUUGUAUGUCGAUUUCGCAAGAUUAAUAUUGCAUUGCUACCUAAAGGUGGAAAUGUUACUUGUUGUGCGAAAGAUAGUGAUAGAGUUGGUUGGCAUUUUUGGAAA